ACAUCACUGAUUAAUUCAUGUUUUUGUCUUCCAGCUACCACCACGAUGCAGGUGAAGGAAGACGAUGACGCCAUUUUGGACUGUUCCUUUGGCGAUUUAGACAUUAAAAAUGGGUUGUUUGACUGGAUGAAAGAUAAGGAUAACGACAAAGAAAAGAAGGACGUUUUCUUCUACUCUCAGUACCACAGACCGGCAGAUCAAGAUCCACACUUUAAAGGUCGGGUCUUUCAUUUCCCCGACCAACUCCAGUUUGGUAACGCCUCCAUAGUGAUCAGAAAAACAAAGACGUCAGACAGUGGAACCUACACGUGUUCUUCUAAAUCUGGAGAAAUACGAUCCAGCAUCAGUCUGACUGUUGGUGCUGCUCCAAAGCCAUCGGUCACAAUACUUGAUCAAACACAGAAUUCAGCGCUGCUGCAGUGUGAAGUUCUGGGUGCUUCUCCAAAACCUGAAGUUGUCUGGAAGGACGGUGAUGGAAAGAUUCUUACUGCUGAUGAACCAAAGGUCACAGAAAAAGGAGGAAACAAAUACGACACUGUCCUCAAUAUUACUGUGACCAAGACUGACCAUUACACCUGUGUGGCCACACAGGACAGUAUUCACCAUCAGAGCAAUCGUACAAUCUUUGUGCGUUUGAAUG